CGUCGCGACGCCACUAGAAAAGUUCCCGCCGUCACGGCGCUUCGAACAUAUCCAUAUGGACAUAGUCGGCCCUCUCCGACUGUCAAACGACUGUCGCUACUGUGUCACUAUCAUCGAUCGCUGUACUAAGUGGCCAGAAGCGAUCCCAGUACGCGACAUAACAGCCGAGAUCGUCGCUCAAGCGCUCUACAACAAUUGGAUUGUGCGGUUCGGCUGUCCACUGCGCAUCACGACGGACCAAGGACGACAAUUUGAGUCCUCUCUGUUUAAUGCGCUCAUGAAGAGGUUCGGCAUCACUAGACUGCGCACAACAGCUUACCAUCCGCAGUCAAAUGGGCAAGUAGAGCGAUGGCACCGCACCAUGAAAGCCGCGCUCAUGGCAAGAGGCGCGACCACAAGCUGGACCGAAGACCUGCCGACAGUGCUGCUGGGCCUCCGUACAGCAAUACGGCAGGACAAUAACCUCAGCCCAGCACUCAUGACCUACGGAUCAACUCUCCGUGUUCCCGCCGACUUUGUGGUGCCAGACAAGGACACAACCAUCAGCGACGCAGAGUUGGUGCGCCGUCUCACUCGCACCAUGGCCUCUCUUUCGCCGGCAACGCAGCGCACGCCCGCAACUAACCUGCGGCCGUUCGUUUACGAGGACCUGGCCACCUGCACACACGUCUUCGUGCGCAACGACGCGGUGAGGGCACCGCUAUCACCGCCUUACGACGGGCCGUUUGAGGUACUUAAGCGCUACGACAAGUACUUCAAAAUUCAACUGCCCCUACGUACAACUGUCGUGUCCUUAGACCGACUCAAACCGGCCUACAUCGUCAGCGAAGAAACCAGCACCUGCGACCAGACGAAGACAACGGCAACACCUGCACCUGCGCAUCCAUACAUAACGAGAAGCGGUCGUGUCGUCAAACGAAACGUACGCUUCUCUUGAGGGGGAGUGAUAUGGAGGCGUCCCACAUAAGCCGUGAGAAUCUCUAAUAAAUCGUUCAUUGUCAUUACCACCUUCACCGUGUGUUUUACUCUGAGCUCUACCCAAGGCCGCUACAGACUUA